ACAACACGUCGAGUUACCAAGAUACUUGCAGAUUUAGCACUAGUAUUAAUUAAAUGGCCAACAGGCAAUGCUAUCCAAGACAGGAUUUGAAGUAAUUAGUUCCUUCCCUAAAGUCAUAGGAGCUAUCGAUGGUAUUCACAUCAAUAUCCCAUCUCCACAUAUACAUCCAGAAGCCUAUGUUAAUCGGAAAGGUCACCAUUCCAUUCAGCUACAAGGGAUCUGUGAUCACAAAGCUCGUUUCACGCACUGCUAUAUUGAACAUGCAGGUUCUGUGCAUGAUCAACGCGUUUUUCGUCAAUCAGAAAUUCAAGAUGCAUUGGGUAACCCAGAAAAAUUUCCUGAUGAUUCCCAUUUACUUGAUGAUGCUGCAUAUAAAAUUCAUGAUAAUUUAAUGGUUCCAUAUCGUGAUAAUGGUCAUUUGACUGAACGACAAAAAAAUUAUAAUUUCUGCCAUUCUUCAGCACGAAUCGCCAUUGAAAGAGCAUUUGGUACCUUGAAAGGUCGAUUUAGAAGUUUAUUACACAACCAUGAAUCGGACUGACUUAGGCCAGUAUUCAUAGUCAGGUCUUAUAUUUAAGACCGUCUUAAGUUCAUUUUCAGAU